UGUAUACACAUCAUCACCAUUUAUUUUCAAUAACCAAUAAGACAUGUAGGUCCUAUUUAUAAGAAGAAAUAGAGUAAAAGAGGACAUUGUUAAUUUAGACUCUAAAUAUGUAAGGGUUUGAUAAUGUGGUCCUUAACAUUAAUGAUCUCUUAAAACAAUUUCUUACAUUCAAAAUUUUGGUCACAUUAGUAGGACAACAUUUUUGAAUGACAUACAAGCAUAAUUGAAUUUCUUCAAUGUCAAAUGUGUUUGAAUAUUGAAUACAUACAAAAUAUCAUAUGUUUCCUCAAAGAAAAUUAAUGUAAAGAAAUUAGUCUCAAUUAUUGAUGAGAAUGGAUGUAUGCGGUUGAUUCAAGAUUCAAUCAAUGACAAUAACAUUUCUAUGCAUUUUUUAUUAUGUAUUAAUGCAAACAAAUUGUUGAUAUUCAGAAAUCUAACAAUUUAUUUGAACUACUCAGUUGAGAUUUUUUUUUUUUGCAGUGUGUAGGUUGAAUCAAGAAUUUCCUAGGUUAAAUACCUAAUUAUAUAUGGCAACAAAACCUAAAGGGAGUAGUAGUACACCUGUUGGAAAUGAGAAGAAGAAGGUCCCAUCUUCUAGUUCUCUCCCUACACCAACCAAAAGGAUCACAAAACCAUCCACAGCCAUCAAAAGUAACUCAACCUCCCCAUCAGAGAAAAACAUCCCAAGCUAUCUAAAACCUACAACAAGUUUCAGACAAACCAAAACUGAGACUCCAAUUAAACCUUCUCCAAUAAGAAGAAGAUCAUUUGAUAAACCACUCUCAUCUUCAAACUUAACAACAAAAACAACACAACCCUCACCUUCAAGACUACAGAAAGCCCUUGUUUCCCCUGGUCCUAAAGAAAGAUCUUCCCCAAAUAUUAGAUCUCCUGUUGUUCCGGUUAAAAGCAUUAGCCCUUUAAAACCCAUUUCAGAAAAGACACCGAGUGAUGCAAAAACUAAGCAAGUAUGGAAAAAGGCUGCAAAGAAGAUCACCGCCCCUAAUAGCAAUAUUGCUACUUCUAACACUACAAAGAAGGUAUCUAAUGAUCAUGCUGCUUCUGUUAGUCCUGUAAAGAUCAAAUCUGUCACUACGGAUAAAGAUUCAUCAAAUGUUGAAGCUGAAGAUGUUAAGGAAGUUGAAGAAGUUCAAGAAGUUACAAACCUAGAAGAUGAGGUGAUAAAAGUGGAGAACGAAGAACAUGCAUCUCAUGAGAAUAUUUCAUCUGAUGUCAACUCUGAAAUAGUACAUGAGCAUGAACAUGAUAAUCAAGUUCUUGAGGAUUCUGGCACACCUCAGAAUCAAGUUGAUGAUGAGAAAGUCAUUUCUACAGUUUCUGGCACACCUCAGAAUCAAGUUGAUGAUGAGAAAGUCAUUUCCACAGUUUCUGGCACACCUCAGAAUCAAGUUGAUGAUGAGAAAGACAUUUCUACAGUUUCAGAAGAAGCAGAAAAGGAGUCACGGGAAGAGAAACAUGAAGUCGAGCAUGAAGAGAAAGAGAACAAUAAUGGGAAUCAAUCAGAAGAAGUCGAUCAUUCUGAGGUUGAAAGGGAAAAAGUUGUGAAUGAAAAUGAAGAAAAUGAAAGUGGGAUUGUUCCAGAAGAUGAAAAAAAUGAGACCAAUGAAGAACAUCGAAGAGAAGAGAAGGAAGUUGUUGAAGGAGGGGUAAGUGAAAAAGUUGAAGAAGAAGCUAAGGUUGAGGUAGCGAAACCAAAGCAACAACAAGCAGGAGGGGGAAACGGGAAGAAGGAAUCUCAAGUAUCUAAUGACAUGAUUGAGGAGACUGCAAGCAAGCUGUUGGGGAGGAAGAACAAGGUUCUUGCAUUGGCUGGAGCAUUUCAAACUGUCAUUGAUCAUCAAACCAAAUGAUCCACGCAUAUGCAUGUCAAGUGAGACUGCUUUGCUAUCAGAUGUAUUUUAUGUGAGACUGUACUUUUGCUGAAACGCAUUAUGGAAUUAAAGGAAGCAGUUUCGGAGAGAAGUUAAAGUUAUAAUCAUUUAUUUGAAAAUUCAACUGUUGAGCUUUAAAAAACUGUUAUAUUUGUGUAUGAGUGUUGUAAUUACUAUUGAUUUUCCAAUUAAUGGUUAUAACUUCUCAUUCCCUUCUAA